GCCCGGCUGCCUGAUCCGGAAGCAGUUCUGGCCGGCCGCCGCCGCGGUGACCAUCUUGGUGGCCGCGUCGGGCCAUCUUGGCGGCGGCGGACGGAGGCGCGGAGGGAGCCGCGGAGACUCAGGGCCCAGAGCAAGUCCGCCUCCUGUCCAGCCCGCCUGCCGUGUGAGGGCGCAGGAGAGGCGCCGCGUCCGGAUCGGGGCUUCCAUCCGGGGGGCCUGCACACCUGCUCGGACCCUGCGCCCCUGCUGGGACCCUGCGCCCCUCCUGGGACCCUGCGCACCUGCUGGGACCCUUCCCACCGGCUGAGACCCUGCGCACCUGCUCGGACCUUGCGCCCCGGCUGGGAUCCUGAGCACCUGCUUGGACCUUGAGCACCUGUUGGGACCCUGAGCACCUGCUGGGACCCUGCGCAGCGGCUGGGACCCUGUGGGACCGGGCCCUUCGGAGCCCUCAGGCUCCAUCUGACCAGCCUUCUCGUUUGAUCUCAUCAGCCACUCUACUCUGAACCCCACCCUUCCCCCGGUUUCUGUUUGGGUCAACCCCUAUCUGAGGGUUACUUAGAUUUGGGGCUCCCUGUAUCUCCCCCAUCCGACCACAGCAGCCUCCGUGUUUGGCUAACCUCCAGCCAACAUGGUCCAACCCCAGACCUCAAAAGCUGAAACCCCAGCCCCCGCAGCACCUACAGACGGCCACGUGGAGGAUGUCAUCGACACCCUGACCUCCCUGCGCCUCACAAACUCCGCGCUGCGGCGGGAGGCCUCCACCCUGCGGGCCGAGAAGGCCAAUCUCACCAACAUGCUGGAGAGCGUGAUGGCAGAGCUGACCCUGCUGCGCACCAGGGCGCGAAUUCCGGGCGCUCUGCAGAUCACUCCACCCAUCUCUGCCAUCACCUCCAACGGGGCUCGGCCCAUGACCACGCCCCCCACCUCUCUGCCCGAGCCCUUUUCUGGAGACCCCGGUCAGUUGGCGGGCUUCUUGAUGCAGAUGGACCGGUUCAUGAUCUUCCAGGCCUCCCGCUUCCCCGGCGAGGCGGAGCGAGUGGCCUUCCUGGUGUCGCGUCUGACUGGGGAGGCAGAGAAGUGGGCCAUUCCCCACAUGCAGCCAGACAGCCCCUUGCGAAACAACUACCAGGGGUUCCUGGCAGAGCUGCGGAGAACCUACAAGUCUCCACUCCGGCACGCACGGCGCGCCCAAAUCCGGAAGACUUCCGCCUCUAACAGGGCUGUGAAAGAGCGGCAGAUGCUGAGCCGCCAGCUGGCGGCCGCGGGUACCGGGGCCUGCCCUGUGCACCCGGCCUCCAACGGGACUAGUCCCGCUCCAGCCCUGCCCACACGAGCACGGAACGUUUAAGAACCCGCCACCACUCAGGUAGCCCGCACCCUUUGCUGCGUAGAGGAAAUAUCUGCACAACAGCAUAGCCCUUGUUUGAAGAACACCUUCCUGCCUGUCCGGUCCUGUUCCAGAAGAAGAUCUGUCCACACCUGUGGGUGCCCUCAUCCCCACUGUGUUGCGCUUCCCAUUGUGAUGUGCUGGCUUUGUACCUACAGCUCAAUGCACGUUUCCCUCUGUUGCUUGGUCCCCCAGCCGUUCUGAUGACGGCGACUCUGCUGCCCAGUGACACUGAUGCCACAACAUGCUUGCGAACCACUUGGGCUGACUCAGUCCACCCCUGGAGCCCCCAGGGCAGCUCUUCACCUGAGUGCCCUGUUCUCACAGAGGACCUCUGGACAGAGCUAAGCCUGUUGGGCCAAGCUGGUGGCUCGUUGUAUGUACCUGGAGAGGAGGUCUGGCUUCCUGCCCAGGCCCUGCUCCCAGUGGCCACGUGACCCCUCUGCUAGGAGUGGGGUUGUAACAUAUCUGGGGGCAAGCUUCGCUUUGCACAUGAAUACACAGUCCAGUACACCCAGUCCUUCCUGGCAUGUAGAAAGACCUGAUAGUGCAGCGAAAGGGACAGCCCCCUGGACGAGGUGCCUCUGGCAAGGCGAGUGGUAUCUGGCCAUGUUCCGAUAGCUUCAGGGCUUUUGGGGGUCUGGAACCUGACCUGCUACUUAAGGGCGUUGUGGACUUUGGGCCACAUGCGUGUCCCCACCUGAGACUCAUGCACGCUGAGGGGGACAUUGGUGACUCACACUUUCCCACCCUGGGGUUCCCGUGGGAACUACCACAAGGUGCUUGUUCAGCUCCCCCUCCUCCUUGCCCCACACCAGUUGCCAUUGCUGAGCCUUGCCUGGCUUGAGACCCAUUCUCGUCUUCAUUCAGGCCAUCUGCAGCCCUCCCCUCAGCCUCUGCAGCUGCCACACUGUCUAGGUCCAGAGCCCCUCCAAGCUUGCCCUCCCAGGGCCUGGGCUGCCCUCAGGUGUCCAGCCUCCGUGUAAGGAAACGUGCUCCCUCUUUUACAUGGCUCAGCAUGCAAGGUGGGGAGGCGUCUGCCUUUGGCAACCCCAGCCAGGGCCUCGGUAAACAAAAAAACCCAGUGCCGUCGAGUCAAUUCCGACCCACAGCGACCCUUUAGAACUGAGUAGAACUGCCCCGUGGGAAACAUUUUUCAAAAGAGCAGUGGACUACCUCGUCCUAAUGUGUUGGUGCCCUUGUCCUAAUUCUGAGGGACAAUGCUAUCCCUCUUAGUGGCGGACAGCCUUGUGCUUCCUCACAGGGGUGACCAGGAAACCAUAUCCUAAAGGGGACUUGGCCAACCCUUUGGACUGUGAUGCUCCCGCCGUAUUUCAAUGCCAAAUGAACCACAUUCACGCAACGGCCUGGACCAUGGGGGGAGGUGGGUGUCUUACCCUAGGUUCAUCUGCCCCUGGUCCAGACGGUCCUGGCUCAACUGCAGAGGAGCAGCCUCUGCCCCAUCCAAAGACACAUGUCUUGAGGUACCCAGAGGUUGGGUGCUAGGACCCGUCCUCUCUUCCUGAGAGUUUUGAUGAUGCUGGGAGAAGUGACUGUGUUCCUGAAGCAACCACUGCCUCACGCAGUCAAGGGCGUUUGUUGCUGGGGUGUGGACCACAGCCACCGGCUUAUUGUGAACUCCGUUAGCCCAAUUGCCCUGCCGAACAACUGCCUGAACCAGGCUUCAGGUUCCCCUGACUGCAGCCGAGGCUGCAGGGGACCGUGGUGCUCAUUGCGGGAAUGGAGAAAGGAUGCAUAGGGCGGGGGGACUGACUGGAGGCACACAGCUCACUUUCUCUUUGUGCUCGGUUCUCCAGCAGCUCUGUUGGUAGGACGUGUACCUGCCAGGUGGAGGUGCUCUGGGAUGAAGGUCCAGUGGCACCCGGGGAAAGUUUGGCCUGCAGGGGGUAAAAGACAGCCUGAAUGCUUCCGGGUGGCCUAGCCAGUCAGGAGACCCAGCGUGGGCCUCUGCUGUGUUGCCCACCCUGGGUCUGCCAAGUGGCGUUUAGAAAGUGCUGGCAUGUUUGCCUUGGGAGCUGUGUUUUAGGCUCGUGCUACCACGUAUAUCAAAACCAGAACCUCACAUGCCAGGGCUGGCCAUCCUCCCUGCCCAUGACCAUGACCAAGCCCAUUGUAAUGGCUGGUAGUGCCAGGCCAAGCUCAGUGGGUUUGGUACCUCCACUGUGUUUUGUCUCUUGGUGUUUACGUGUGUGAGCUGGGGACUGGUACUGUUGUACAUUUGUGACCUUCUUGAUGGCUUCCUACCACUUUGGGAAGUGAAGCAGAUGAGAGAGGGUCAGGGGUUGCCCUCCACACUGGCCUGGAAAGAAGUCCCCAUUGGAGGAGCUGAGGAACCUAUUGUGGUUCUGGUGGACAACAUCGCAGGCCCCAGCAGAAGAGGAUGAGACCUGAGCUCCACGCAGCCCCAGAGUGGGACCAGUGACUGGGAGACUCACGCUGAAGAAGCCAGUGGGGAGGGGAGAUGCUUUGUACAUAUUCGGGGUUAUAAUUUCUGUAAAUUUAAGAGAACAGGUAUUGAUUUAUAAAAGACAGGUGGUUAGUAGUGUUAAACAAUGCAUGUGAGGGAAAGUUCUGGGUAUUUUCAUGAUAUUGACAUUACUUGGGCUGUGUUGAUGUGUUUCUGGUCCACGUGACUCCCUAUGUGGUAAGUGACCUUUGUGGCAUCACAGACCUGAUUUGAGACGGGAUCUAGAAUACAGGGCGACUGGCCUAAGACAGAGCAUGACCGUGGGAUUAAUAUACAGUCAUGUCCUAAAGCGUGUCGUGACUUCUGGAAACAACACAGCCCCACUUCCUUGGUUCCAGUAAGUAUGUGAUGUUAAUGACGAGGGGGGAAAAGUACCUGACUUCCCUGAUGCACGUGCCCCUGUGUUGGGGGAGCAGACGCACCCCCAUGACCUUGGUCCUGGCAGUUGGGCCCCUAGGCGAGGGAACAAAUGGGGCAGUGUUGGGCAUACACUUGGGUUAACGGGAGGGCGCAAGCCUUCUGGUUGUAUCAAAGGACACGCUUGGGGGCCACUUCUGGGGGUGAGGUUUUGGUGGGAAGAGGGGACAGAUCCAAAGGCACCUUCCCUUGUGGAAGCCCCUUCUGUUAGCACCCUGAGGUGUAAGGGGAGUGUAGGGGUUCAGGGAUGAAGACACGAGAUGCGGCUCUUUGGGAAAGGAAGUGUCGAACAGGCUGUUGGGUCAAACGGAAAAAGCUUCUCCGUGGAGGGGAGAAGACGGGCUUAGGGCAGAUACUGCCGCCCGGUAGCGGGUGUAAAUGGAGCUGCGGUCUCCUAUCACGUCCUUUUGGGGUCCUGACACCGUGUGGUGGCGGUGGGCCUGGCGGGUGCAGCGGAGGAGACUGGAGGCAAGACGGCUCCUCCUGUGAGCGUCACCACCACCUGCCUGGGAACAAGUGACAGAGUGCUAGCUCUGUUCACUAUAGACGUUAACCCACACGUUACAGAAAUUUUGCAGACCAGAGGAAAGAGAAAAGGAAAAAUAAACACGGUGGUGUCUCUCCUUCCAGGUCCGCCGCCUCCCGCCCGCUCCAGUCAUAAUUGCUUUGCUUUUUGUUUUCCUGUAGUUGUGAUGCUACCUUCUGUCAUUCGCAGUAGCUGUCUCCUGCGAACACUCCCCAGGCGUCUCGCCGUGUUGUCACCAGCUUUCUUUUGGAAUGGCCACGCACUGUUCCUGUCAGGAGACGGGCAGCAGGCCGGCCGACCCCAGUGCUGCUGUCGUCUCUCGUAAACAGGUGACCCUCUCUGUGCAUAAAGCUGUUCCCCAGUGUCAGGUUACCCUUAGGCUGGGUUCCCAGAGGUGGGGUUACAGAAGUCAGGAGUAUAAAACUUUUGAAGCACUUAUUACGUAUCGGAAAAAAAAAAGGUUUCCAGAAAAGUUUGUAUCCAUUUCCACUGCCGCCAGCGAAGAUGAACCCGGCGACCUCCCCACCUUGCCGGUACGAGGUCUUAUCAUCUGGCUAAAGAUUUGCCGACUUGGUAAUGACGAAUGGUACUUGAGCUUCAGUUUGCAUCUCUUUGGCGUCUAGCAAAGUUGACCAUCUUUCCGUGGUAAGCAGCUGUGUUUCCCAUUCUGUGGGUCGGCAGUGUCCAUCACUCCUGUCUGCUCGGGUCUGGUACAUCUGCAGGAGCGCGUUAUAUAUUAAAAGAUGUUAACCUGUUGUGUGUCAUAUUCGCUGCCAGUGUUUCCAGCUUUUUAAUGUUUUCUGUGUGUUAACUUACCGAAGUUUUGACCCAUGUGUGGUGGAUGAUUCCCUGACUUAGCGCUGUGGCCACCGACGUUAGCAGCAAUAACAAGGACGGCCUGCUUUGUUGGCCUUGUUCCCGGCUCUCUCCGGCUCUCUUAUUAGCACCCGUAACAGUGCCUGGCACGUAGUAGGUGGCUGGCCAACCAGUUGCAGGAAUGGAUGUGUUCCUGCUGGGGUGACAUGGGUGGGCAAGUGUCCUGCUGAAGGGCUUGGGGUCUAAGAGCAGAUGUCACAUGAUUCACUCUCGGGAUCCCUUUGCCCUCCGAAAAAAUCAUUGAGGACCCAGAGAGCUUUCGCUUAGGUAGCUUCUAUCUAUCGAUAUUGACCACAUUAGAAAUGAAAAUGGAGAAAGCUUUAAAACGUUAAUUUGAAAAGAAACUCAUUACGUAUCAACAUAGAUAACACAUUUUUAUGAAAAAAAACUAUUUUCUAAAAAAUAGAGUAAAAAGAGUGGCGUUGGUUGACAUUUUUGCAAAUGUCUCUGAUGUCCGGCCGACUAGAAGACAGCUGAGGUCUCCUGUCUACCUCUGCAUUGAGUCUUCGGUGUGUCACACGUCGUGUGGUCUGUGGUCGAGAGGUUCCCCUGUGCACUCAGGAGGGAGCGUGAAAACAGCAAGUCGAGUCUUAGUACUAGUAUGAAAGCCAGCCUCACCUCACGGGCCCCCGGAAGGGCCUCGGCCACUGCAGUUCCCCGGGCCGGGCCGGGGGACGCUUCCCAGCCUCACCUCACGGCCCCCCGGAAGGGCCUCGGCCACUGCAGUUCCCUGGGCCGGGGGGCUCCUCCCAGCCUCUCUCCCCGACCAGGCUGCCGUUGGACUUGGUUCCAGUGCCCUGGCCCUACGAUGAGUCCCUUUUGGGUAGGAUCUAGACACCUUGGAUAUAACUUUGAGGGUCCCCUGCCCUAUUCCCCCUGCUACCGUUGGGACCAAGGAAGGGAAGAGAGGUGGUAGCCUACUCAUCACAUCAGUGGUGGCCUGCAUGUGGCCUCGUACCCUGAGCUCCGGCUCCUCUGAGCCCUGGGCAAUGUCCCCUGAACUUCAGUCCCACCUCAUACUGGGCUGGUGGGGACUCAAAGUCACACUCAAGGGUCUGCACUUGGCCUUCCAGCUCCACAUUGCUCUACCCCCAGCCCACAUGAUGGAGCCCUUGUCCCUGGCUUGCUUCUGUCUUUGUGGGGACAGACCCUAGCAGCAUUCACCCUGCCAUCCCCAUCCUUGACCACCGGAAUCCUGAGAAGGGCGAUCCAUUCUGAGCACUGAACACCCACCAUGUGUGAGGUGAAACUUGAACAUCAUUUAAAGGUAACAAGCUAAAGGUGGGCAUUACUUUUCUCCUUUUGCUGGCAGCGUGUCCUUUAGGGAGGACACGGCAGAGCGGGCACUCAAGCCCACACUGGCUGAUGGCAGAGCCCAGCAGACUGCCACUGGAUGGGGUGCCCCUGCUCCCAGCUGUUUCCUAAACCCUAGUUUACCGUGUUUCCAGCUGUCACCCCUGUUCUUCCAGCCUGCGUGUUUUUGGCUGUCCAUGGCUGGGCCAGCUGGGUCCCCUGCAAACUCAUCCCUCCCUGGAACCACGACCGGAUCCAAGCCGGAGACAUGAAGACAGGAGCAAUCGGCUACCCCGACUCUUCCUUCCUGUGCUUGAAUCACUGUCCCCCUGAGCUGAAACCCCGGUUUUAGGGUGGACCGGCCUGGUAAAGAUGGGUUAGGGAAAGGAGGGAUCCCGGACAUAUGAGGAGGAGCUUUGCUACAAAGAAGCCGUCCUGAGAGACAUUUCAGGAACAUCUGGCGUUCAUCCCCACACCCAUUUUGUCCUAUUCUUUAUGAAAUGAAAUCAUACUCUGUGCACUUCCUGUCAACUUGUUUUUUCCUCCGACUCAAAGGAGCCCUGGUGGUGCAGUGGCUAAGCACUUGGCUGCUAAGUGAAAGGUCGGCGGUUCAAACCCACCAGCCGCUCCUCGGGAGAACGACGCGCAGCCUGCUUCCGUAAAGAUUACAGCCCGUGGGGCGGUUCUCCGACCUAUGGGGUCACCAUGAGUCACAAUCGACUCGACGGCAGUGGGUUUGGUUUGGGGAAUACAGGAUGAGGACUCACCAGUGUUGUGACAUUGUCUUUGACAAUCUGAUUUAGAAGUGACUGAAUAAUAUUCCACUUCUGAAUUUGCCACUCUUUACUCAAACAGUCCCUUUCUUUAGGAAAUUUAACUUGUUUACAGUUUUUGUUACUAUGGCACGUGAUACCACAAUAAACACCCUAGUAGCUAAUGUUUCCUUGGGAAGAUUUCGCUAUUGAGCAGACGGCCCGUUCCGUUUUAUUUUCUAAGAGCUCACUGCUGCUGUGUGAGGAAGUUGCUGGCAUUGUGCCUGUUUGACCACCUCACUGAACCCGGAGUGCUUUGGUUGGUUUUUCAGUUGAUUCCUUCGAGUGCUCACAGACAUCAGCGUCAUCUUGUCUGCUGCUGGAGAAGCUGCUGGCUGCUCCUCCAGGACCGUCCCGACCCCCAGGACUGAAGGGCUCGUUUUCCUGGCUGCUGCCAGUGUUGGUGGCUCAUCGCCCUCUUCAGGACUUUCCCUCCAAGGCACAGUCCCCUCUCCCAAGGCCACACCUCCUUCCUGGGGGCAGCGCACAUCCAAAGAUCAGUGGGACAACCUGGGAGGACUAUCCCAGCACCAUGUCCUCUGUGUGAUUGGCUGAGGCCUAGUCGCGACCACAUGGCAGCCCAUCUCUCCCUCUGCCCAGUCCUGCUUCCUUCACCGCCCCCCACUGCCCUGGGCGUGGAUCCCAAAAUCUCUCCCUAAGGCAUUUCCUGGAGGUGAGUCUUUGUCUCAGAGUCCCUUUCCCAUGCAAGGUGACCUGGGACAGUCAUUCCACUAUUUAUACAUUUUAUUU